AAUAGCAUCCUUGUAUUACGUGUACAUGCAUUUUUGGAAGAUAUCUAUCAUAUCAUGCUUUCGGUGACAUCAUCAUGACGUCAUGUACUAUAGCACACCUAGCGCUAAUUGGUUGCUCUUGCUGUUGCUAUGAAAGAUGGAGCUGCUAGAACGUCUAGCAGUUCGAUCGGAGAGUAGACGUUUGCGUCAAAGUUGCGAUGUACCAAGUACUAGAGGCGACGGCCCCGACAAUGACGGCUUUCCUUUGGACGAAAUCGAGAGGACGUGUGUGCCGGAAUCGGCGUUCCACCACAGUACGGUGUGUGAUAGUGAGGGAGGUUGACCGAAAACACCAAGUGUGGGAAACUGAUGGUGCAAAUGAGGGAAAGCACUUUGAAACGUCUUCCAAAUGUCAUACCUUAUCAGCACUUCCGCUCAUGACUGGCUUCGUUGAGGUGAAAGGUCACUCGACAUUUUUGACACUUUCAUCUCUCCCUCUGGAGAUGGGAGGAUAUCCUGGGUCCUACAAUGGCUAUUCCAAAGAAGACAGUUUGUCAAUUCAGCAUUUGCCGGUACCUUGUCAUCAUCAACAUUACACUUCGUUUAUUUCUGAACACUGCGAGACAUUGAAAUGUCGUUGGAGGGUUGGACGGCCGCGGUACUGUGAUGACCGAGAAAGUCUUCACGGAUGUGACGAGCUCGAGUUUAGAGGUGACAAGGAUACAUCAACUAGUAAACUUGGAGGUGACUCUGCUCUACUACCAAAAGGUCAUACGCGUCAAGGCUCAAGCAGAAAAGAAACAGAUACGACAGUUCAAUAUCCGGUGGACAGUCAAGGUGAUGGCAGGCUCUCCAAUUCAUCUUCAUCUUCUCAGUCCCAGAAGAAUGUUGUUCCAUGUAUCUCUCGUGCUCGGCGCAUUCUAGUUGUAAAUGUAUUGGGUUUACACCAAAUGGUGAUGCAAUACUGCUUGGAAGUAUUUCAAAUGGCAUAUAAGAGUAGUCCUCCUAGUGACACACCUACCACAACAAAGGGGUUACAACUAAUGCAAGUAUUUGGUUGUCUAACGGACGGGGAAGACCCUACUUGGAUAAGUUCAUCCGAACUUGUACAAGGCGAAGGAAUAGAGGCGAUUUUGUGCAACUCGUGUCUGACUCCUUUAUUUGUAGUUUUACCUGUGGACGACAUCAUCACUAGUGAAGUGGCUUCAGUUAGGCCUGUGUGGAUUGCCCAAUUGAAUAGAUUGCUAGGAUGCCUGGAACAGUCUCCAAGACAAAUAGUGUUUCUUGGUAUUGUUAGUUCAGACUGCAAGUAUGACAAUAGGGUUCUUAGACAUUUAGUGAGCAACCAUGGAAUUCACACUGAGAACAUGUUUUUUGUAUCGAAGCCAUCUGACCCAGCCGUGGUAUUAUCAGUUCAUUCAGCAAUUCUCAAAGUCUUAAAUACAGAGUCAACAUCUGUGUCACUGAGGUUGGAGUUAGAAAAGAUGGUUCUUCUUGAGCGACUGCAUCAAACUAAGAAAAUGUCAUUAGAAAAAUUGAUCACAAAUAUUGGGGAUUCCACAGACCUAAUGCCCUCUGUGAACCAUCUAAUGAGAACUGGUUUGUGUAUGAAUAUUUCCUAUGACAUCAGAAGUGAUGUCAUGGAAGUGGAGGAUGAUUAUGAUGCAAUUUUUUCACCAGUUUCACCAGUAAAGUCUGCAUUGAUCAGUCCUCACAAGUUGUUACAAGAGUCUAGUAUGCAACAACGUUAUAAGUUUCAGCUCUUAUUGCAACCAACUGUGUUUUCAGAUGAGAUUUCCAAGCUGUUGGAGGUCUGUAAAAUUGCUCAUGCUGAAGUCAAUGACAACCUACUGCCUGUUGCUCAACAUGGUCUAAUUCCAAAAGACAAGAUUACUUUCACAACUCUCCUGUUACAGGAUCUUCACAAAUUACAUCUUCUACUCGAUCCCAUGCUUGCUGAUAGUGAGCAUGAACAAAGCUCGGAGACAUCCUACGUAUUUCCUAAUGAAAGCAGAAGCCAUAGUGACAAGCAUGAAUAUGCUGUCAUUAAUGCACGCCAUUGCUAUCUUGUGCCGACUUGCCUGAAAAAUGAAUCAUUGUCACCAUUAUUGGGAUAUACUCAGAUUCCUCCACUAGCAUUUCGUUACCCUGGAUGUCACAAGAAGGUUAUUCCUGUGUCAGUCUUCUAUCAGCUGGUAGUAUACUUGAUGCUCCGCUUUCCCAGCUCUGUAAAGUGUCUGGCAUCAUCCGCUAGGUUUCACGUUGCAGCUCGGCACUUGUUGGAUGUCACAUAUGCAGAAACAUACAUUGAGGCUGUUGUUUAUGUGCACAAUGGAGUUUCUGCAUUGCCUGCUGUCUGUUCUAGCAUAAAUGCAAUGAUUUGUGCACGACUGAAUGCUUUGAGCAAUGCAUCCAGCUCGUUUGUCAUACAUCCUGCUGUUUUGCUUCGGGACUGCAACUCAUUGUACCCGGACUUUGUAGAUCUAGUGGAUGUCAAUAUUUUCAAAGUGAAGAAGGAAUUAUAUAGUAUUGGUGGUCAAGAGUUUAUACCAUCUGGUGAACUUAUGAUAUGGUUUGGGAAACAUGAAGCCGUACAGGAACAUUUGGCAAUUCGAGGAUACUUUCAUGACAUAAUUGAUGAAGUUGAUCCUGUUCGUGCAGCAUCAUGGUUGUAUGAAAGGACAGUCUUCUCUGCCUCCGACUUGGAUCACAUGCUGAGUCAAGAUGCUAAUGCUCGAUCUCUGCUGCUAUAUCGGUUACUCGAGAAAAAGGGAAGUAUGGGGCUGGAGGCAGUCGACGCAUUGCUGCAUGACAACACUUUGAGAAAAACGAGAAGACCAGGCAUUAAUGCUGAGACACAGACUUUGCCGAGUGUCACUCAGGGUAGCAACAGACUCCAUGAAGGUAGUCAGCAAACGCCCAUCGAGUCUGAAGUGCAAGAAGCAAGUUCAUUGCAUACAAAUGUACAGCAAACUUCUGAUAGAAAACCAGAGUGGUUGAACCAACUCAGUACAAGCUCCGAGCCAAAGGCGAAUACCAAUCCCAUGUUACCACCAAUGUUGCAUCAACAGAAUCAGGGUGUACUGACAACUUCAAUGGUGACGUAUUCCGGUAUUCACGAAGAAGAACUGGCGUUUCCUCGUUCUCAACCGACAUCCAUAAGAGUAAGUACAGUAAGACCAAGUGUUGAACAUGCCACUGAGACAAACCAAGAGAAUACAGAUAGAAAAGGAGAUCCCGAGGUUCAUCCGAUAUUUGAGAGCAAGUAUUGGCACGUCGAGAGAGCUACAGACACAUUUAACGAGGUUUCGAUGAAAGACGGCGGUAAGCGACUGGGAGUGGGCUCGUUCGGAACCGUCUUCCAUGGAGUACUCCACUCCGAAACUGGCCAGACAUUUCAAGUCGCCGUUAAACGAUUCAAAAAAGCCUCCAGUCUAAGUGCUGCUCAAGUUGCAUUGAGUCGAAGACAGUUUGGCACAGAAAUGAAUUUACUCACUCGAUAUCUGCACAAGAACAUCGUUCGCCUUUUGGGAUUCUCCAGUGAUGGACCGGAACUGUGUCUCAUCUAUGAAUACAUGGAAAUGGGAGCUUUGUCGCACCGCCUUGACUGCAAGAAUAACUCUCUGCCUCUUGAUUGGCGUGUACGUUUGACGAUUGCUCGCGAUGUUGGAUCGGCUUUGGAGUUCCUUCACACGGCCUAUCGCCUGCCGGUCGUACAUCGCGAUGUGAAAUCAUCAAACGUGUUACUGAGUGGCACGUUUGAGGCAAAACUCAGCGACUUCGGGUUGGCAAUGGUAAUAGACGCGGACGGCGACAUACCCAAAGAAGUCGAACAACAAUCCUCAGUUGGAACGCGUCCGUAUAUGGCUCCAGAAAUAUUCCAAGGCAUUGUUUCAACCAAAGGAGACAUCUAUGGUCUUGGAAUGAUUUUGUUUGAGCUGGCAACCGGCCUUCCUCCAUAUUCGAGUAGAAAGAAACAGGACCUCAAAGCGUACCUGGAAGAUAUGGAGCGUCAGAAUAUCGACGUGGGUAAGCUACUGGACCCGAAGGCUCGGUGGCCGAAAAGUAGGGACAAUGAGAGUAAAGAGAAGUCGGUCGGUUUGGAAUUGAUUCAAGUGGCAAAGUCAGCAACAAUCAGUGACCAUGCAUUGAGACCAGACAUAAUGAAGGUUUUACCUGAGUUGAAAUUACUAGUUGAAAAGAAUUGAAUUAUGAGUAUCGUUUACUGGAGACAAAGUUGUGUUUGUUGUUGUUGUUGUUUUAUCAAAAAUCAGACAAGACAGAGGGACAGUACAUAUCAUCAUGUUUUUGCUCUUUAUUUUCUCGAGGUACUAAUUUAUGUCACUAUAUUGGAUGUGCUUUAGAGUAAUCUUCUACUGGAACUAUUGACAUCACUUCUGGUCAGAUAUAUUUGAUACAACAAAUUGCUGUUUAUUGAUAUCUAUAAAUCAGGAACAAGACUUGGAAACCA